GAAGGUUCUUUUUUGUGUGACUGCGGCUCGACAUUCUCGGGGCGGGAGGGUGUCAUUCGCAGUUAUUUAGGACUGCCGGUGAAGAAGACAGGCAGAUGAGGGGGAUUAAUUUGUCUUCUGCAUAAGGAGAGGAGGGUUUUGCCUCCUGUGAAGAGUCAGUUUUCAAUAUUAUUCCGAGGGGGGGUUAGUUUCGGGUGAAGAAUAAGGCUAAGAAGUGUCCCAAGUCGCAGAGGCGGUAUAGAGUACCUUUUAGGGUGGUGGACCGCGUGACGGAUGUGCUUUAUAAACCUGUACCAGAAGAGGGUGGCAAAGAGAGUGUUGUUUAUUUUAAUCGAUUGAAGCUUUUCACUUGUUCUUUGGCAGAGUCAUCGAAACCAAAGACAUCAGUCCAGGGGAGAGGUUCUGAUGGGAUCAAACAACAUGCUGGACGGCGUCAGCCCCAUGGGGCUCCAACUUGAUGCCAGCUGGGUUCCCCAUCGCUGUUCGGAUUGAGCUGCUUCUAAUGGAACUGUAGGAAUGCAAGUGAAGUGAUUCAAUUGGCGGCAACAGGUGUGGACUGAUUUGGGAGUAUUCCGGAGGGAGGGAGAGGAUACAAAAGGACACGACGGACUGGUGAGGAAGGUUCUUUUUUGUGUGACUGCGGCUCGACACACUCGGGGUGGGAGGGUGUCGUUCGCAAUUAUUUAGGACUGCCGGUGACGAAGACAGGCAGACAAGAGGAGUUAGUUCAUCUUAACCCUGACCCAGCCCUAACCUUAACCAUAAGGAACCGAGCAAAAUACCAGACUUUUAGCAUUUUUAAUUUUUUAAUUGCAUUCACAGAUCAUUGUGGGGACUUGAAAAAUGGUCCCCACAAUGUCAAAAUAACAGGUUUUUAUUACCUUGUGGGGGACAUUUGGUCCCUACAAUGUAAUACAAACCUAAUCCACACACAAACCCACACACUCUGAUACACACACACAUUCACACUCUCACAGACACACUCACACACUAUAAAAAACAUAUGGACACACAUAUUCAUAUACAAUCAUUCAAAGUCACACACAAACUGUCAUUUGCAUACCAUCAUUACAUACACGCAUAAUUAGAUUACUCUUUCGUGUAAGAAUACAAUUUCAAGUACUUGUUUCUGUUGAUUGUUAUAUGCCAGUGUUUGUUUAGAUUUUAGAUUAGCUGUGUUCAAAUAAAAUGUCUCAGUGCUGAAUUACUCAGAACAACUGACUAAACUUUAAUUCACAUUAUCUUAUUUUCACUAUGGAGUAUGUUUAUAUGUACUAUAUGAAUUAUAUGUUUACAUUAGCUAUAUUCAGAUACAAUAUUUGAAUAGUGAAUUACGUCCCAGACAUUUUGCUGAAUACUAAGUCAGAUAUAAAGGAAAGAGGAUCUACCUCAUUGCCAUCAUCAAGGUUGUUUGCAAUAUAAUAGAAUGCUUCUUAUUUUUUUAUUGUUUACUGGCUUGGUGUAUAUUUUCAUUGUUGUGAUGUUUUGAAUAAUUUACAUUAAAACACCUAAAAGUAUAAUAUGUUCUUUCUUUUGUAUAGGUUGCGAUCCUGCAAUUUUAGAAAGCUGUAGUUUUUACUAAAAAAUACCGAUCAUAUAUUUACAGUACUUUAUAGGCAACUGCAGGUGCCUGGUAAUUAUUGUAAUUAAUCAAAUUACAGUAAGUUAAUGAACAUACAGAUCUCAGUAUUUAACUGUAAAACGACUUUACAGGGUAAUACAGUAAAUGAGAAUUACAGUGAAAUACAGCAAAUAGAAAGACAGUAAAACUUUGUAAUUUUUUGAACAGUAUAUUACUUUUAUUCUGUCACAGUAAUGUACUGCAAUGUUGUUUAUGGUAUAUUACUCUAAAUUUAUAGUUCUUUAUAGGCAACUUUUUUGCCAAUAAUUUACUUUAAAUUUUACAAGCAAUUUUUACAGUGUGAGAGUUGGUAGCCCUGCAAGAGCCAAAUUACCGUGGCUGUAAAGAAAGUGCAAACCUUAAUACCCACAACAGCAAAGGACAUGUUUUGACAUUGUCAAGGUAACGUGAUAUGUCAUAACUUGAUGUCUCCUUCCUCUUUAUACCAUUUCGAGCCCUUGCAGCCUCUUGCACUCAGUCACUUACAAGGUGAAAUCAGUGGAGUCUGUGAGGGUUUAGGGCUUAGGGGUGACAUUGAGACGGGGCCAGAGUCACAGCCAGAGGCGGUUGCUCUGAAGGCGCAUAGAUCGAAGCAUGGCUCGCCGCGUUGCCGUGAUCGGAGGGGGAAUCUCAGGGCUGACUUGUAUCAAGUGCUGCCUCGACGAGGGACUGGAGCCGGUCUGCUUUGAAAGCAGCGAUGACAUCGGGGGCUUGUGGAGGUUCAAGGAGGAGCCGGAGAAGGACCGGGCUAGCAUCUAUCAGUCCGUCAUAAUCAACACCUCCAAGGAGAUGAUGAGCUUCAGCGACUUCCCCAUCCCUGCCCACUUCCCCAACUUCAUGCACAACUCCCUCAUCAUGGACUACUUCCGGAUGUAUGCGGAGCACUUCAAACUGCUCCGUCACGUCCGCCUCCAGACCAGCGUCUGCAGUGUGCGUCAAAGGCCUGACUUCGCUCGCUCGGGCCAGUGGGACGUGGUGACCAAAAACAGACAGGGACAGGAGGAGAGGCACAUCUUUGAUGCUAUAUUCGUCUGUAUUGGACACCAUGCGUCCCCACACAUCCCUUUGAAAGAUUUCCCAGGAAUAGACACCUUUAAAGGGAAGUGGUUCCACAGCCGAGACUAUAAAUCUCCCGAAGAAUGGCAGGGGAAGAGGGUGGUCGUGAUCGGGAUUGGGAAUUCUGGGGGCGACAUCGCUGUGGAGUUAAGCAGGGUGGCCAAGCAGGUGUUCCUCAGCACGCGGAGGGGCUCGUGGAUAGUGAACCGCGUGUGGGAGAACGGAUUCCCCAUGGAUAUGGGAUUCAGCAGGCUCGCACACAUGAUGUCGGCCAUUCUGCCCAGUACCCUCACAUCCACGAUAGGCGAAAGAAAACUUAACAAGAGAUUCAACCACAAGCUGUACUCCAUCAAACCCAAGCAUAGGUUGGUCAGCCAGCACCCCACGAUCAAUGAUGAGCUGCCCAACCGCAUCCUUUCUGGGACGGUCCUGGUGAAGACCAACGUGUCCAGGAUCGAGGGUUCCAGCGUGAUGUUCGAGGAUGGGACGGUGGAGGAGGACAUCGACCUGGUGGUCUUCGCCACUGGAUACAGCUUCUCUUUUCCCUUCCUCCCCUCGUCUGUCAUCUCAAUUUCAGAGAACAAGACUUCGCUCUACAAAUAUGUCUUCCCCCCCACACUGGAGCAACCCACGCUGGCCAUCAUCGGGCUGAUCCAGCCCCUGGGGGCCGUAAUGCCCAUUUCAGAGAUGCAGGCAAGAUGGGCUACGCGCAUCUUCAAAGGGCUGAACAAACUUCCCCCAGUGAACAGAAUGCUGAAGGACAUCAACGUAACCAAGGAAAAGAUGGAGAAAAGGUAUGUAAAGUCUCAGAGACACACCAUCGAGGUGGACUACGUCUAUUACAUGGAUGAGCUGGCGAAGCAGUUUGGGGUGCAGCCCAAGGUCCUCCGGCUGCUGCUGCGGGAUCCUCGCCUCGGUCUCAGCGUCCUGCUGGGGCCCUGUACCCCAUACCAGUACCGGCUAUACGGACCAGGUCAGUGGGCGGGGGCCCGGCAGGCCAUUCUCACGCAGUGGGAGCGGGUGGCCCAGCCGAUGAAGACCCGGGCCGUGCCAGAGUCCCCCUCUUCCAGGCUGCCGUUGCUGCUCGCUCUCAGUGGCGCCGCCCUAGUGGUAGCAGCUGUCUGUGCCGGAAUAAACUUUCCGGACCUCUUGGCUUCCCUGAGCAAUUGGAGGAUGUUUGUGCCGUCAUUCCUUCACAUGGUGUAAAAGUACACUGAAAAUUAGCUUUACCCUGGGAAAUUCCAUUUAUCCCAUGUAUUACAGUAUGUAUAGAAAACUAAUCAGAUGGGGGAAUGAUUUAUAAUUACUCAGUUCAUAUGAUGUGCAAUUUAAAAAGGAUCAUAUGGUCUAAUGACUGUGUAGUAAUGAAAUAGAUUAAUGGGCCAAAUAUAUGGUGAGAUAUGGUUUGAUGUACUUGAUUGCAUUGUAUUGUUUAACCUGGGGAAAUGUUGUUAGAGGUUAGCAAGCAUGGGUGUAACUGGUGGUGACUGGCUGACUGGCCGUGAGCCUAAAAGGAUGCAGAGGUACACAAGGUCAACACCUCUGCACACAGACUACAUCCCCUGUCUUAACCAAUGAGGUACAGUAUUGCCUUUUAAGGGGAUUUGCAUAAAUGUAUGAAACGUGAGCAUUUACUUUGUUUAGGGGUUUCUUAACCAAAGGAAUUUUACCUUAAGUCAUGUCAGGGAAAUUUACUUCAUGCCUGGAAUGAACAGAAUUUAAAGAAGGUAAAGUAACUAGAUUUUUUACUUCCACACUACCAUUAAAAAUGAGCUUGACAUAAAAUGUUAAUCUUGUGUAAGUCAGCAAAUGUAACAACAGUAUCUUAUUUUCUUCCUGUAAUAUUCAUAAUUUGUACUUAUUAAUCUCUUAAAAAAUGAAUUAUGUAGACACAGAAUAAUGGUGAAAUGUUUAUGCUUCUUUUCCAAUAUCACAUUAUUCUUCCAAAAAGGAAUUUCUCUGGUCCUGUAGUUUGUAAAGGAAAUAAAAUAUGAGCUACAACAA